AUGGAUGGCCCAGGCCAGACCUCGAAUGCCGCCCCCGCGGGCAACUCCAGCGAUUUUGUGCGCAAGCUGUAUAAAAUGCUGGAGGACCCCUCUUACGCGUCCAUUGUACGCUGGGGUGAUGAAGGGGAUAGCUUCGUGGUCCUAGAGUGCGAGAAAUUUACCAAGACUAUCCUCCCGAAGCACUUCAAGCACAGCAACUUUGCCAGUUUUGUGCGCCAACUCAACAAAUACGAUUUCCACAAAGUCCGACAGAAUAACGAGGAAAAUGGCCAGUCACCGUAUGGCCAGAAUGCCUGGGAAUUCAAACACCCCGAGUUUCGUGCCAACAGCAAGGACUCCCUUGACAAUAUUCGCCGCAAAGCUCCUGCCCCUCGCAAGCAGACCCAGAGUAAUGACGACUCAGCUCCCACUCAACAGAUUGAUCUGCUUAACCAGCAGAUCCUCGCGCAGCAACAGCAGAUCCAGCACCUUUCCGACCGAUAUGCCCAGCUCACCGUGGACCAUCAACUCAUGCUGCAGGAAGUCAUGCGAGUACAAAAGACCGUGUUAAAUCAUGAGAAUGUCAUUCACCAGGUCAUGACCUACUUGCUCUCGGUGGAUGCGCGCCAACGUAGAGACAGCAAGGCCGUUGGGUUCCAAGGACAAGGCUCGACCAUGAGUCCCAUGGGCCAGGUGGGAGCGGUGGAUGACGAGCCAUCCUCACCACUACAACAAGCCUCGAAGUUGCUGAAUGACAUGAACGCUGAAAUCCAGUUCAACUUGCCGAACAUGGAUGCCGCAAACGAUCCUCAGAAGGCGGCUGGUGCGGGACCUCUCGCCACGCCCACAAUGGAUGGAUCCCGGAAUGGGAUGGUUCGACCGGCAACUACUGUACCACCCAACCCAGCGAUGGUCUACCCGAAAAUGGGCAAUGACUUGGAACAAGUGGUUUACCCUGUGGGUGCCACCAAUGGCAUCGAUCCCAUGUAUAGCGAACACAUCAAUAAUGUUCCGUACCCGAUGCCCACCAAGACUGAGGUUGACACUGCCGAGGCUCGCCGACAACAGCCAGAAAACCGGAAGAAGAGUACCAACGUGGACCCUGGCUGGAUGCGCAGCCCACGGAUCCUGUUGGUUGAGGAUGAUGCGACUUGCCGACAGAUUGGCGGCAAAUUCUUAUACUCUUUCUCUUGUGUGAUUGACACUGCAUUCGAUGGUUUGGAAGCAGUGAACAAAAUGCAGGGUGGUUCGAAGUACGAUUUGAUUUUGAUGGAUAUUAUCAUGCCUAAUCUGGACGGUGUAUCGGCCUGUCAUUUGAUCCGCCAGUUCGAUCAAACCCCGAUCAUUGCUAUGACCUCGAAUAUUCGCAGUGACGACAUUCAAUUAUACUACCAACAUGGAAUGAACGAUGUUUUGCCCAAACCGUUUACUCGCAAGAGUCUCCUCGACAUGCUUGAGACUCAUUUGACUCAUCUCAAGACAAUGCCCCAAGGCAUAGAGGGACCCCCGGCCCCGGUGGCCGUCACAAUGCCUUCUCAGACAUCAGCUACCCAGUCCAUCAAAGAAGAUAGUUCACCCGGCCAAUCACCCGCAGGAUCCAUGAAUAACUGGCAAUCACCGGGCCAGUUCCAAGGGAUGCAAGCGGUUCCACCAAACAUGCCUGCCAUUCAAGGACAAUAUGUUGCCACUGCGCCUGCACCCCCGGCAGCGUAUGGCGUUGAUCCGAAUGGUGUUCAGUUCCCUGCUCCACCAGUGGCCGUACCUUCUACCGGGGCUCCGGUUCGCCCACCGCACCGCCGACAGAUGUCCGAUAUGUCCAACGCGGCAGAGAACCAGCAAAAUAUGGCCAAGCGACAGCGCAUGUACGCCCAGCCCCAACCGAUGAUGGCAGUACAAGCCGGGCGGCCUGUCUAA